AUGUCGCAUCUCAAUCAAUUUCAGUGUAAAGGACAAUUGAGGAAGCAACUUGUCAUAGCAGGCUUUCAGCCUGACUCUGCCCUACGGAGGAGGGUCUUGCAUUACCUUGCCAAUUGUGACAGGGCACCCACCGGCAAGCUCGGACCUGUAGCCAAACCUAACAAGAUCAUCCGAAUGGCAACAUGCCCAGAUAAUAAGUUAUUUGUGCUUUUAGUUCUGCGUCUCCUCGAGAUCCUCGGGCCAGCCAGGUACGAGAAGCCGGAUGUAGAUGGGAAGCUGGAUGGACCCAUUGGGGCCGGAAACAUAGUAAUCCUACCAUAG